AUGGCGGACGCCCUCACCUGUGGCGGCGCGGCGCAGCGCACGGGCGGCCUCCUCAAGCCCAGCGGCGACCGGCCCAUCGGUGUCACGCCGCCCUCAGGCAACGGCAACCGCGUGGACAACACCCGCCCCCUCCUGCAGCCCUUCAACGGCAACGUCUACAACUCGCACUCGAGCAGCAGCAAGCGCCCUCCGCCGGGGGCCGACCUAGGGCCCUCCCAGGGCUCCUUCCAGAGCUCUUUCCAGGAGUACCCGCAGGGCUCGUACCCGGGCUCGUUCCAGGGCUCGUUCCAGGGGCCGCCGUCGCCGCAGGGGCAGGGCCACUCCUUCCAGUUCCAGAGCACGGGCACCAGCGGCUCGGGCGGCGUCACCAAGACGCCCUCGGGGGUCGAGGUCGGCGGCUCGAGGGACAAGUCGCCUCCCGUCGCCGGAUUCACGAACGCGGCGCAGGGCGCCUCCUCGGGAGGCAGGCCUUCCUCAGGGGGCGCCUCGUCGGGGGGGCUCCCGCCGCCCGACGGGCCGCCCUCCGACUCCGCCCUCGCCUCGUCCUCGGCCGCCGCAGGCAGCCCGCCUAAGAACGGCAACAAGGGGGAGGCCAACCUGAGCUUGGGAGGCUUCGGCGGCGCCUUCGGGCUGGGCGGCAAGGACAAGGUCAGCGCGGCGGCGCAGGAGGCUUCCGACCCCGGCAAGGGCGGCGACAAGAAGCCCUCGAACCCUUCGUCGCGAGGGAAGAACACAGGAAACAAACAAACAUCUCCCUGGACGACGCUGGUGUUGCUCCUGCCGGUCGUCCUGCACGCAAUACCCCGUUAG